CCUUAUCGAACUUUAACGCAUAGUGAUGACGUAAUAAGCCCGAGACUAAAACUCGGUAAACAUUAGCCAGUUUGAGCUAUUAUCAGGUUGAGAGUACAAUGUCUCUGGAAACCGUUCCUAAAGACCUUCGACAUCUACGAGCGUGUUUGCUUUGCUCCUUAGUGAAGACUAUUGACCAGUUUGAAUAUGAUGGCUGUGACAACUGUGAGUCAUUCCUUCAGAUGAAGGGGAACAGAGAGAUGGUGUAUGAGUGCACCAGUUCUUCAUUUGAUGGCGUGAUUGCUCAGAUGAGUCCUGAGGACAGCUGGGUUGCAAAAUGGCAGAGAAUAUGCACGUUCAAGCCAGGUGUUUAUGCUGUUUCGGUGACUGGCAGAUUACCCCCAGGUGUCGUGAGGGAGCUGAAAAGCAGGGGAGUGAUCUACAAAUCCAGAGAGACAGCUGUGAAGUCCUAACCUUUUUUUUUUUUUUUUUUUUACGGCUGUUUCCAAGAAGCCCAAAUACUAUUUGUACAAAACU